ACGCUUCGGUUUUUCUUCGUCCGCAAUAACCGCCGCCGCCGCCGCCGUGCUCGCUCUUAAGCGUCGAACUCGUAUCUCUUCGCUCUGCGUUGCUGCUGCUGCUGCUGCGGCCGCUUCUGUUGCUGCUGCUGCUGCCUGCUGCUGCUGUUGGUGUUGGUUCGAUUCUGAUUUUGACUUCGCUCUGCAGCUGCGUUCGUGCGCUUUUCGAAAAUAGUUACAAGAUGUUCAUCGGAGUGAGUGGAACGCCGCAGCGGUAGAACGAACGAACGAACGGUCUUUUAAGUGGACUCGGACUCUCUUGGCAGCCGAAGAAGCUCGCUUCCGAAAUCGCAAGCAGAAUUGAAAUUCAAUUCCAAGCACAAUCUCGUGGAUGCUUCGUUCUUCGUGGAAGUGGAAACAACAACAGCACAAAGCAACCAGCAACCAGCAACCAAAUUAAUCAAAGCAAAGUUCUUAUCAAAAUAAAAUAUAAUUCCAUUUGCGGAAAGAAUCUUCCAAAAAAAGAUUCGAAGAAAAAAUUAAAAAUUAAGAAAGAAAAAACACAGAGUACAAGACCAGUGAAACUAGAAGUGCAUUCUGUUCUUCCUUCUCCUGAAGCCAUUUGUUAUUUAUAAAUUGCUGACCGCAGAAUAUCUUUACUGCUAAAAAUAGACAGCAACAAACCACACACAAAAAACGCCGCAGAAACAGAAAUAAACCGAAAAACCCAAAGGGUAAAAACUCGAAAGUGCCAAAACAAACAAGAAUUUCUAAAGGAAAACAAAGGAAAAACCAAAACCAAAAGCGCAAAAAGUGCGUGUUCUUAAAAUACACAACAAUUAAAAAUAAAAAACACCGCAACAAAGUAGCAACUGAGUAUAUCUAUUUUUGCUUACUAUUUUCUACAAAAAACUGCAUUUUGAAAAGAGAGUUUAAAACAGGAAUAUAAAGUGUCAAAGUGAAGUGCGAAAACACGCAAAAAUAUAUUUUGUAAAUCUUCUCUGCCAAACAUAAACAAAUUAAGAGUUUGGAGAGUUCUCCAAUUCUCAUUUCCACUCGGAUUCUGUGCAUUUUAUAAAGAUUCUCGUUUUUUGGAAUACAUAACAACAAAUAAAUAAACACGCAUACACAAAAAAUACAAGAAGGCGAAAUCCAUUGGUUCCGCAUUAAAGUGUUGAAAUAAAUUAAGUCUUGGAUACUUCGUGAACUUUGCAUUUUGGAAUACUGCAGCAGCACCGCUCUUGGAUAAACACUAUACUUCUUAUUAUAUUGCCGAUCAAUCUGGAACUUGGAGGGAAAUAAUUUCACAAAGUUGACAUGUUCAAAGCCAACGAGAAACUCUUCACUUUACAUAUCGUUAACUAGGACAUCGUCCAACCAGGACCUAGUAGCUGCCACAGCGUCAUGGACCUGCCGUCCAUGGUACAGCGCUCGGGGGAUACGCUCAUCGUGCGCAGUGUGGUCAGCGGUAAUCAGCUGUACACCGAACAGGGACAGAAUCAUCACAAUUCGGCCGCCAGCAGCAUGAGCAACAUAGCCAACCUUAUCGCCAGCAACAGCGGCAAUGGCAGUGGCAACAACAAUGCCGGAAGCAACACACCAGCCUCCCAGGUGAGCUCAUCGCUCCUAGAGCGUCAUGUGGAGCGUUUCCGGCUUCAGCAGUUGCUGCAACAGCAGCAACAGGCCGCCGCAGCAGCUGUUGUAAACAGCGUGCAGCAGCAACAGCAACAGCAACAACAACAGCAGGCGGUCAUCAGCCUGGACGCCAAGGAGGAGGGCUUGCCGCAGUGCAAGAUCAAGCGGAACUACAGCUGCAAUCACUGCGCCUACUUCACCCAGAACCCGCGCUACCAUCUGACGCAUCUGCGCGACGUGCACGGCGAGAAGAUUGUGAUCAACAAAUGCAAGCUCUGCCUGUAUGCCUCUCGCCACUUCCAGAAGCUGGUGCGGCACAUGAAGAUGGUGCAUGGCUGCACGGAUGGCAUACCCAGCGGCCAUGGCCAGGCACGGGGCAAGCGCGGCAUGAGCCGAGAGGCGCGCAAGCGACGCCUCGAGGAGAGCGUGGGCGUGAUGGGCGGCCAGUCGCUGUCGGUAACGGUGCCCGAUGUGCCCACGUUGGAGCAGGUGAAGCGGGAGCUGUUGCUGCAGGAGGAGAAGCUGCAGCGAGACAUACAGGCCUUUAAGCAGCGUCAGCAGGAGGAGCAGCAGCGUGAACAGCAGCAGCGGGAGCUGGAGAUGGUGGCCACCAGUGCGUAUGAGCGACAGAUGCAAGUACUGCGCGACUACGAACGCCAGUCGCCCGCCGAACCGCCCACGCCCUCGCCCACCAGCGGCUCUGCCACGCCCCCGUCCAAUGGGGAAGAGCCACAGAAUCGGCUGCUCAAAUGCAGCGCCUGCGAGUUCACCACCCUCUACCGCACCCAGUUGCGGGCCCACGAGCUGGCCGAGCACGGCAAGACCAAGUUCUUCCGCUGUGACAAGUGCAGCUAUGUGACCCACAUCAAGGCGCGGUUCAGCAAGCACGUCAAGUACCACUCGAUGCCCAUGAUCAAGUGCGUCACCUGCGACUUCCGCACGCCCUACAAGUGGAAUCUGGACCGGCACAUGAAGAACCAUGGCGGUGCCGGUGCCUUCAAGUGUGCCGCCUGCGAUUUUACCGCCGACAUCAAGCAGUCGCUGACGGUGCAUGAGAUGAACCACCAUGUGCCGCCGGUGGGUAAUGCCGGCUCCAUUUGGCCCCGGCGCCAGAACAAGGUUGGAGCCAGUGAAAUGUGCGACGACUUCCUAAGCGAUUCCGCCGAACUGGAGGAUCAGUACAAUAACAACAAUGUGGAUGACGAUCUGGACGCCGUAGAGGAUGUGGACGAGGCGAUGAGCGGCGGGGAGGAGCAGGCACUGCAUCAUCACCAGCACUAUGGAAAGCGAAGCAAGUACGACGACGAGGAGGAGCCCACUGAUCUGUCACAGAAGGGCGGCUGCUCCUCGGACACCUCCAGCGUGGGCACCACCACGCCGCGGGCCCAGCGAGCCAUGCCCAAUCUCAUACCGAUCAGCAAGGGACCCAAGGACAUUUUGAACCUGUCCAAGGAGACCAAUGCCUCGCGCAGCUCCCUCACCGAAAUCGCCUCCAUGUUCUUUAAUGAGAAGCAAAUCUCGGAGAUGCUGGACAAGUCGGAUGUCCCUCAAUUGUCCCCAGCGACGACGGUGGCCUCGCACAACUCUUCGCGCAGCCAGUUAACCAGGAAGUCCAGCUUCAUGGACAAGCUGAAGACGGGGGCACAUCAGGAGAACCUGGUUUGCCAAUGCGGCCACGUGGCCAAAUGCCUCUCGGAGUCGAUCAUCCAUGGCAAGUCCUGCCAUGCCUCCGCCGUGAUCAUUGACGACGACGAUGCCGGACUCCACGAAGACGAUGCCGACGAUCGGCUGGAAAUCGAUGAGGAUGACGAUGACCAUCAGUCCCACUCUGCCCUGAAUCUCAGCGUGACGGGUUCAACGCGUUGCCAGCACUGUCGACACCGUUGCAAGUCCUCCACGGACCUGCUGCAUCACCUGACGCAGUGUGUCGAAGCCAUUCGUUGUGCCAACGAAAUGUACGACUCGAAUUCCGGCGAGAGCGGUGGCGAGCGCCGUCCAGACUCGAAGAGCCUGCAGCAACAGGCUGCCGUCCAGCAGCAGCGAGUUUGCAUCUGGAAUAAGGCAGCCAAGGAGAUAGCUGCCGCCGCUUGCGCUGCUGCGGUCCAGCAGGAAAACAGCAGCAAGAGUCUGGUCAAAUCCCCGGCUGGAAGUCAGGGAACCAGCAACGAGGAGAACAGCUACUAUGGAGUGGAAACGGCGCCCGGCUACGGUGAGGUAACCAAAAAGAUGACGCCCGAGGAGGAGGCCGCCAACUCGUCCCUGAAGAAGGUCUACAAGUGUCCGCACUGCAGCUUUUGGGCCUCCACAGCCUCCCGCUUCCAUGUCCACAUCGUGGGCCAUCUCAAUAAGAAGCCCUUUGAGUGCUCCCUUUGCUCGUACCGCUCCAACUGGCGCUGGGACAUCACCAAGCACAUCCGCUUGAAGACCAUCCGUGAUCCCUCGCACAAGACCGCCAAGGUGCUGAUGAACGAUGAGACGGGACGUCGCAACUACACCAAGUACAACAAGUACAUAACCCUAAUGAAGGUCACCGAGGAGGAUGGCGACCCGAAGCUGAUGAAAUCCGGCGAGAUGACACCCAAUCAGGUGGCCUCGCUGGCCUUCCUCAAGGACUAUGCCAAGGUGGGCAAUGUGACGGGCCAGGACAUCACAUUGGAGCCUGUGCUGCCAAGCAAGCCGAGUGCCUUGGACGAUGCCCAUCUGGCGGAUAAUCUCAUACGCAUCCCAUUGCUGGCCACCAUGAUGAAUGCAGCGAUGGCCCAGCAGCAGCACCAGCAGCAACAGCAGAAGGAGCACCAGUCCACCAUGAUCACGCCCUCGGUGACCAUAUCGCCGGUGAAGCGGCAGAACCAGGGAUCGGGGCUGCAGGGCAAGCCCAGCGACGAUCUCAUCACCGAGGUGCACCAGGAGGGCAACGAGAAGAGGACCGUCUACCGGUGCCGGAAAUGCAACUUUGGCCAUCAAAACCGGGAUGCUGUGCUGGCGCAUGUGAAGAUCCACUAUCAAGACGCCAGCUAUCCCAAGUCCAGUUCCGCCGCCAGCAGCACCUCGCCGCUGCAGGUGUCCGUGGGCGGUAAUCCGCAGUUCUACAUGAACAAGGUCUUCGCCGCCAUGUGCCUGUCGCAGUCACAGGGCUCCCCGGGUUCGGGCUCGCCAGGAUCCAGUCCGGCCAUACCGGCUGGACUGCUGCAGCGGGCCAUCCAGGAGGCCCAAAACCUCACACCGACGCCCAACGAUAGCGCUCUGAGCGGGCUCGCUCUGGCGUUGGCGGGCGGGAAGCCACAAGCCAAUACGACGAAAGCCAGUGCCGCCUCCAUUUUAGAGCAUGGUGAGCAGAAAGCGAGUCAAAACGAGGCAAGUGCCGACAGUCUGACGUCGCCGAACACCACCACCACCAAUACGAGUACCAAAGCCACCACUAGCACUACCAAAGACACCGCCAGAUCGCUGCAGGAUCUGCUCACCUCACCGCGCAGCGCCAGAAAUGGAAAUCAUCAUCCCUCUAACGCUAACAGUAGUAACUCGGUUGUGGGAAAUGGACUCCUCCGGCAGGAUGCCGUCUACGUCGCCUCAUCCACCGCCACCACCACCAACAACAACACCAACAAUACCACAACACCCAAUGCAUCAACGCCUCUGCCAGUAACUACCACUCCUACUCCUAUUUCUACUGCCACACCAUCAGCUCUUUCCAAGUCCCUGGCUCAUCAACUGGGUGCGGGCUCAUCCCCAUCAUCCUCCUCAUCCCACAAUCACAGCCAGCGACAUGCCUGCACUCCACCACAUCACCUGGCAGCGGGUCUAACUCAUGCCCACUCCUCCAUAGCCACUAACACAACAGCAACCAAUAAUCCCAGCCAUAGCCAGAAUCCCAACUCCUUUCCCCUGUCAUCGUCGUCGCCGUUGUUGUCGUCGUCGUCGUCUUCGUCUGCGUCUGCGUCUGCCUCUUCGUCAGCAUCCUCGGUGGCCUCCAUCUCAUCGGCUGCGGGCUCUGCAUCCGCCUCUUCCUCUUCCACUACAUCUUCACCGCCGCCGCCAGCGUCAUCUUCCUACCUGGCAGCGAUGGCCCAGCAACAGCAGCAACACCAACAGCAGCAGCAGCAGGCACAGGCGCUGACUCCAGUGGCCGUACAGAUGCCGCAUCCGCAGACGAGAUUCCAUAGCCAUAGUCCAGGUAGUCCCGGCCUCCUGACCAUGGCCGAUGGCGAUCGACGCGACCCGUCGCCGUAUCGCUGCGGCCACUGCCACCAGGUGUCGAAUUGGAAGCAUGUCAUCCAGCGGCACUGUCGCUUAAAGCAUUCCGGGGAUAUUCGGAUCGAGACCCUUGAGCGCGGAGCCAGUGUCUCAGCCAGUGCACCGCCCAUCUACCGGCCUUUGGGAGCAGGUGCCAGCAAUGAAUCCCAGUCCCACAUCCCGUCGAAUCCCAGCACCAUCAACACAAAUCUGAAGUCCGGCAAUACGAACCCGAACAGCGCUCAGCUUCUGAUGACCACCAAGCAGCUGGAACAGCUCCUUCAUUCGCCACUCUCCGCCAGCGCCGCGGCCGUAGUGAAUGCUGCCAAUACCCAGCAGGAUCUCCAGGCAGCGGCCGCCUACUGGGCAGCUGCCUGCAAGGCGGCAGUGGCCAACGGCGGAAACGCUGAGGAAUUGUUGCAACUGCAACAGAACGACCAGAUCGAGAUCACGCGGCUGCCCUCGGCCGCAGAGCAUGGCCACAACCACAACAACAACAAUACCAAGAGCAAGCAGCAAAAAUGCCCGGUGUGUCCCUACAUCUCGGAGAGCAAGUCCCAGAUGAACUACCAUGUGUCCCUGCACAAGCCCACGCAGUAUGAGUGCCGUCUCUGCACCUUUGUGUGCGCCAAGAAGCAGCACCUGAGCAGCCACAUGAGGAGUGUCCACCAGCAGCAGAUGGGUACAGCCGGAGGAGCAUCCUCAGGAGGAGCUGCCGCCAAUUCUCCCUCGCUGGGUCUGGACUUUAGCGUGGCCCUCCAGUUGGCAGCCGCCGCCAAGCAGGUGCAGCAACUGCCCGCCUCCACGCCGCUGUCCAUCGAUCUGUCUCAGCUGCAACUGGACGCAGCUGCCUCGGACGCCGAGCUAAAUCCGCAGCAACUGCCGCCGGAGUACCAGUACAAGCUGAUCAGCUACUGCCCUCGGUGUCCCGCCCGCUUCGCUCAGAAGCACAACGACGAACGCAACGCCAAGCAGGAGCUGGAGCAGCACUUGCUGGCCCACAGCGACCAGGACAUGGAUCUGGACCAGAGCUAUGUGUGUGCCUACUGUGAGUAUCGCACCGCAGAGGAAACCAUGUUGCAGCUGCACAGAGCUGUGCACAUGUCCCACUAUCAGGAGAAGUGCCAGCAGCUGUACAAAAACUGCAAGGAGGAUGUUGAGUAUCCGGCACCCAAGUUGCUGCAGCUGACCGGUCCCGAGACCAUCUGGGUGGUGGACAAUGAGCUCAGCCUGCAGCUGCUCCAACAGACCACUGGUGAGGGAGUCACUUCCUCGACCGGGAGCUACGACAACCAGAACUCGCUGCUCAAGAAGCAGCUUGAAUCGGGCGGAGGUCAGGUGGGUGCCAUUCCCCGGGAAAACAACGAUGAUGAUUCACCCCAGAAAGGCACAGAGGAAGCCCCCGAGGAGGAUGAAGAGCGGCGUAGCACCUCAACGCCUUCGACCAGCGCCUCGGUGGCCACCAGUGACCUGGCGGCCGAUGCCAGCAGUGAUGCCGGCUCCAUGGACAUGCCCCAGUCCGCUUCGGCACCCGAGCGUUGUCUCCACUGCCCCUUCGAGACACAGCGGCACGAGGAGCUGCAGCAGCAUCUCCAGAAACAUGCCUGCGUCAAUCCGCCGCCGCCAAAUGGCCAGAAAUGCGCCCACUGUGAUUAUAAUGCCAAGGAGGAGUCCGAGCUGGAGGAGCACACAGCAUUGCACUUCAAUGCCAGUGAGAAACUGAAGUCCGUGGAGUUCUUCACCUGCUACGACAAGCUGGAGAUCAGUGUGGAGCAGGAGCCGGAGGAUUCCGUCGAGUCCAAGCCACAGGCAACGGAGCACAACAACAACCAGGACAAUGUGAUGAACGCCAAUGUGCAGCAGGAGGAGCAUACCAAUUCAGAAGCAGAGCAGCCAGGAGCUGCAGGUGAGGAAGCCACCGAGGAGAAGCCGCCCACCAAGAAGCCCAGCACCAAGUUGAUUCUCUACAAAAGCGAUGGCAACUUGAGUGUGAAGCCUCCUCCUUCUUCCUCCCAGGAGGAGACCGCCGCCGCCUCGGAGUCGCUGAAAAGCGAGAACAUCAGUGAUCGCCUGCGCCGCAGGAUCUUGCGGGGAAGUGCCAACCAUUCGGAGGAGUUGCCGGCCCAGGAACGACCCCCAACACCGGACAAAAUGAUACUGGUCAAUGCCAAGACGGGCAAAGUCAUUUCCAGAAAGUAGGCCGUCUCCAAAAGGCCGAACCUUUUAUUAACUUUAAUCAAAAACUACACCUAGGCUUAACUUAUUUUUUAACUUUAAUUUAGUUUUGGUUUUGUUAAUAUUUUGUUGUUGUUUUCACUUUUUUUUUUUUUUGGUAUGAGUUUGUGGAGUUUGGGAUUCGUUUUUAGGGCACCUUUGAAAGGGUUUUCUAUUGUCACUAACACACCCACACACACACACCUAGUUGGAACAUGUUCCUGCACUUAAAAUCUUCUUUAGGCCCUAAGUUAGUCCUUAGUUAUUCAUAUAAUUUAUAGAGAAACAAUUCGAAUAUUUUAUAAAUAAUUUCUUUGCGUAAUUAAUUGCUAGAAAGGUGCAAAAUGUAAUUUAAAUUAAUUGUAACGUGUAAAUUAACAGAAUGAGAGAAAACUACAUAGUAUAGAAUAUUGGCUAAUUAAGUAAAGUGUAACAAGAACCUAAAACCCAACAUACGAGCAAGAGAUCCAAAAGCGUUUCAAAGAAAUACAUUUGUAGAUAAGAACCGAAAAAAAGAGAAAUUCCAAAUUAAAUCUUGCUUUUUUUAAUUUUUAUUUUGAAUGGGAACUGUGAUUAUUGAUAAUUGUAAAUGAAGAAAACAAAAAAAAACUAAAAAAUUAAAGAAGAAUCGUGUAUAUCAUGCAAUGAAUAUGGUACUAUAUACAUACUAUAUCUAAAUCUAUACAUAUAUAUAUUUACACACAGCUGCUGCUAGAAGAAACACACAAUUUAAAAGGCAAUUCAAAACCGAGAGAAUAGGGAAAUGUUUGCAAUAUUUGCAAUAUUAUGUUUUGUACAAGUGCAGCACACGGUUAAAAUUAGUAUAUAAUUUCUAGAUUUUGUUCUUAUUAUUAUUAUUAUCAUUAUUAUUACUUUAAUUGUUUUUCAACCUCCAGCAGCUUUUCUUUGUAGCACAGUGUAGGCAUAAGCAACACUACAAAACAAACAAAAUGUUAUCAUAAACUCUAAGCAACGGAAAAGAACACACAUGUGGAAUAGCGGGGCCAUAUAUUUAAAUAGUUUAAAGCAAACAAAAGAAAGAGAAUAUUUAAACAAGAAGCAAAUCAAAAACCAGAAGUUAAACAAGCGUAAAGUGUAUACAGAAAAACUUACUUGGGUAUAAAAAAAAAAAAAAAAAAAAAACUGCAAACCGCCUUUGAUAUGCAUAUAUACAUCUUAUAUCGAAACGAUAUCUAUACACACAAUAUAUUAUUAUAUAUUAAAAUAGUCCUUAACAUUGAACUACAUUUAAACUUAAAGCUUAGUGUAAAUAACUUAGUUUUGUUUACUACGCACACACAGACACACAAUACACUGACACAGACACCAACACACACACACGAAGAUUUACGGCAUUAAAUUACAAAAGAGAAAAAAAUGUACAAAAAACAAUUGUUAAUAAAGAAAUCAAAUAAAAAGGAAUACACACAAGUUGCAUUUA